GGUUGCUAGGUAACGCGUCCGGCGGAGAGGCCUAUCUGGCCUGAGGCCGCCGGCGGUGUUCAGUAGACCUGAGGCCGAGGCAGGGCAUACAGCAGGGCGGUGUCUGCUCAACGUUCUGGGCGUGUCGCCUCUCGCCCGAGAAAAGAACCCGCGUGCGGCGCGAGAUUUGCCUUUGCUGGAUCACGUUGAUCAUCUAAGUUCAUCACGUCAAAGCCAUGUCUGAUGAAGAUUUUGUCACCACUUUAGCCUACAGCAAGAGCCCAAAGUCCUUCAAAAGAACCACUUUUCAGGAAGAGCUACAAGAAGCAGUUUUUGCUCAUGCAGCAAGGCAGAACAGUACCGAAUAUCCAGAUGACUUUGAGAGUGAUGAAGAGGGUACAAUAGAGGAGCUCCCUGAAGAUGUGGAAAGCAUGCCAAAGAAAUCAGUAGCCUUUGCAAUUCCUUUGUCCAGCUACAAUCUUGGCAGUAUAGGCCCUUUGCAGAGUAGAAGCGUAGAGGACUUGGCUUCAUCAUACAAUGAUGACAGAGCUCAGCAAGUGUCCAUGUUGGAGAGUGAGGCUGUGCCUUCUUCACUAACUGAAAAUUCUCAGUUGUAUGAAAAGAGUGCAACAGAAACAUCCAUCUCCUUUGAAAUGUCUCCUUCAGAUGACUAUUCUUGGAAAAGGGGAACUGUUGAUGACUUGGCUUUGUCUGAGAAUGAGGAAAGAAUGAAAGCGACAUGCUUGUUGAAAAGUAAAAAGCUGAGUGGAGAGAGCCAAAGAGAUGACUUCAAACUUUCAGUUUCUGAAGAAGAGUUAAAUGUUGAGGGGAAUCAAGAUCAACAGAACAUGGUAUCUAUGACUGAGCUGCAGAUGGAGGGGAAUGAUGUGGUGCCACACAAGCCUGUCAUCAAGCCAGUACCAAAGCCCAGGGAAUUCAAGACUAAAACAGCAUCAGCUUCAGCAGAGAACAUCAGCAUUCCUGCACUAGAUGAUUAUUUAAAGCCAUCUCCUCAACCCAGAAGUAUUUUAAGAAAAAGUAGCCAUCUGGAGGACUACGAAGGAUCCAAGGCAGAGGACAGAGCAUCUUAUUGUCAUAGAUUAUUUUCAUUGUCUGCACCACCUUCCCUUACGAGGUUGAAUGACCAAGUGAAGAAAUCUGAACAAAGAGCACUUUCCGAAAGUCCUGGUCCUGAGGGUCCUUGGAUAGCAAGCUCCUCAUCACCAUUUCCUAUUAAUUUUUCAUCAAUGAAUGAGAGAACAGGAGAUUCCAAACUGAUAAUGUCAGAGGAAGAAUCUUUAAAAGACCAGGACCAAAAAGAAACUGACAGCUGCAGUGACCUGAAAUUGCAGGAAAGUGGCAGAGAAUCCCCUUCUGUAAUAGAACUGAUGAUGACCACAGUUUACGAGAAAACUAAACUGAACAAGUCAGUUGAAGAUUACCUGGAAGGCAAGCUGCAGACAUCAGAAUAUACUACUGAAGAUGGCUCAGAUGAAACAACGAAGGAGGAUAAGUCUGAACAGAAAAUUGCACUAAGUACUUCCAAGGUUGCACUGAAUGUGUCAAAGGAUUCAGUAAAGGAAGAAGUUGAAGAAAAAAAGACAACUGCACAAAAAACAAAGCCUUCAACAGGAAGAUCUUUGAGUUCUACAUAUCUGAAGAAAACAGGAAAGCCUUCUUCUAUCCCAAUAAGUACAUCUUCUCAAUAUUUAGGAACAUCAAAGGUCUUGGACAACAAGCAUUUACAAAAAUACAGUGCUGAACUUGAUAAAGCAGAUAGUUUACGGGCAGCUGUUUAUCAGGACUGGUUAGAAAAGAAAAGAAUCUUCCUGUUGGAACUACAACGAAUAAAAAGAAAUAAAGCAGAGAACUUGAAGGAUAAAAAUGAAAAGAAACAGGCUGCUAAGAAAGAAGAAGCAACUGCAUCCUUUGAAGCUUGGAAGGCUAUGAAAGAAAAGGAAGCAAAGAAAUUGGCUGAAAAAAAGAGACAAGAAGAAGAAAAGAAAAAGAAAGAAGCAGAACUAGUUGAAAAAAAAAAAGAAGAAGCACAAAAGGCAGCUUUUGAGAAAUGGAAAGAAAAGAAAGCUGAAUACUUAAAACAGCAAACAAGAAGGGAGAAAAGAGUUGAAUUGCUAAAAAAGAAGAAAGAAGAGGAUGUUGUUGCAGAGAAAAAGAAAGAUAGCAGGUCUGCUGUUGAAAAAUGGAAUGAGAAAAAAGAAGACUUUAUGAAGCAAAAAAAGAAAGAAAAAAUCCAAGAAAUAAAAAAGAAAGUAGAAGAACAAUUUAAGAAGGAGGAAAAGGAUAAAAAAGCUAUAGAAGAAUAUGAAAAAUGGCUGGAAAAAAAAGAGCUGCAGGAAAGGAUCCAGAAAAAGCAAAAGAAGCUCCAAGUUAUCCUUGAGGAUGAAACACUCCCUCCAUGGAGUCCACCGGGCAACCCUGUGUCUUCAAGAAGCUACUGAGAUGCCCAUUAUCAUGAGGAGAGUUUCAGAAUUGUUUCAUCAUCAUUACUGCAUAACAUCUGCUUUUAAUGUGAAUUUAAAAUGGUUCUUGCAUCCUUUCUUUA